GUUUCCCCGCACGGCGAGCUCUGCGUGCUUUUCAGAAAAGUAAAGGUGGUGAAAGCUCCAAACUCAGAUUUCCUCCAAAUGGCCACAAACACCGACUCUCAGCGAGAGAAAGAUCAAAGACUAAAUGAAGUUCUUAAACGGUAUCAAAUGGAAUUUUCUUCCAAAUAUUCAACAGUACAGAAAGCUGCCAUCAAAGGAGAAGGAGAUGACACAUUAGGAAACUCAGUAGUUGACCAAAGCUUUUUAGUAUCUCUUAUUACUGAGUAUGAUAAACAUCUGGAAGAGCUAAAUGGGCAGCUGGAAUAUUAUCAGAAACAGGUGGGCGAGAUGAAACUACAACUUGAAAAUGUUAUCAAGGAAAAUGAAAGGUUACACAGUGAAUUAAAAGAUGUUGUUGAAAAACAGUUGGAGGCCUUUCCCUUUGGCACAGAGAUGGGAAAUGAUAUAUAUGCAGAUGAUGAAAUAGUCAAGAAUCUUCAAGAACAGUUACAGCUAGCCAAUCAAGAAAAAAAUCAGGUUCUGGAACUCUGGCACACUGUUUCCCAGGAGUUGGACAGAGUGCAGAAACUCUACCAGGAGCAUAUGACUGAGGCCCACAUUCAUGUAGCUGAAAGUCAAAAACAAAAGGAUCAGCUGAUCGGUUUUCAACAACUGACCAAGCAACUUCAUGUUACUAAUGAAAACACAGAAAUGGCUAACCAACACUUUCUGAAAACGUUAACUGAACAAAACGUGGAAAUUGAGCGACUGCGAAAACAACUUAGGGAAGCCAAGGUAGAGCUGAGAGUUGCCAUUGCAAAGGUGGAAGAGUUAACUAAAGUGACUGAAGAUUUUCAAGGACAGGUGCAGAAGAAGGAGGAGGACAUGGUGUCUGCCCAGAGAAGAGAGGGCGCGUCAGAUAGGCGUUUGCAGCAGUUGCAAUUUAGUAUAAAACAAUUAGAAACAAGAUCAUGUGUGGCAGUCCAAGAAGCCACCCGAUUAAGAGCAGAAAAUUCACACUUGGAAAAACAGACCAUAGAGUUGCAAGCAAAAUACAGUGACUUAGAAAAUGAGAAGUAUGAAGCUAUUGCAAGAGCCAGAAAUAGCAUGCAACUCUUAGAAGAAGCUAACUUGCAAAAAAACCAGGCUCUGCUUGGGGAAAAGCAAAAAGAAGAGGAGAUAGAGAAAAUCAAAAAAGCGUUUGCUCAGUUUAUGCAAGAUUCUUCCACAAGAAUCACGAAAGAAGUUGCAAACACAAAAAAACAAUAUAAUAUGCGUAUUUCUCGACUAUCAGAAGAAAUUUCCGCCCAUCAGAUGGAGUGUGCCGAAAAACAAAGCCAAAUCGAGCGAGUCAUUAAGGAGAAAAAAGCGGUGGAAGAAGAACUAGAAAAGAUGUACCGUGAAGGCAAAGCAAAUGAAAGUCAUUACAGAAAACUGGAAGAAAUGCACCAGCGGUGCCUGGUUGCAGAGCGUUCAAAAGAUGAUCUUCAGCUGCGACUUAAGACAGCAGAAAAUAAAAUAAAGCAACUGGAAAUAAAUUCCUCAGAAGAGAUAUCACGUUGCCAAGAAAUGAUUCAGAAACUUCAAAAUGCCUUGGAGUCUGAGAGAGAAAACUGUGGAACAGUCAGUGAACAAAGGCUAAAACUUCAGCAGGAAAAUGAACAGUUACAGAAAGAGACUGAGGAUUUAAGAAAGAUUGCUCUCGAAGCUCAAAAAAGGGCAAAAAUAAAGAUCAGUACAAUGGAACAUGAAUUCUCAGUAAAGGAACACGGGUUCGAAGUUCGGCUGAGAGAGAUGGAGGACAGUAAUCGCAGCUCCACUGUUGAACUGAGGCACCUCCUGGUGACUCAACAGAAGGCAGCCAGUAGGUGGAGAGAAGAAACAAAGAAACUUACUGAAAGUGCCGAAAUUAGAAUCAGUAAUCUGAAGAGUGAGCUGAGUCGACAGAAACUUCAUACCCAAGAGCUGCUUUCUCAGCUGGAAAUGGCAAAUGAAAAGGUAGUUGAGAAUGAAAAGUUAAUUCUCGAGCAUCAGGAAAAAGCCAGCAGACUUCAAAGGCGGCUCAGCCAGGCAGAGCAGAGAGCAGCAGAGGCGUCUCAGCAGCUCAGUGUGGUUACAGUGCAGAGAAGAAAAGCAGCCUCCAUGAUGAAUCUGGAAAAUGUUUAAAAGUAUUCAGGGUUCGCUCCCAGAACUUGCGAGUUGGGAAAGCUGUGGACUAGCAGUGUGUUGACAUGGUAAAACCUGCAGAGAAUGGUUACGGCUUGUGUCGUUUGCAUAAGCAUUUUCCAUUCUGUGUCUGGGGUUGUCGGAGAACAACAGUGACAGCAUCCUUGAGCCAAGAAAACAGACCCGCUGCUGAGCGUCAGUGGAGAAUAAAGCCUCUGGGAAGAAUCACUGCCUCCAUCAGUGUGUCUAUUUUUACCCCUUCCUUCGGAAGAGCGUACUUCCUAAACUGUGCUGAUCAUGACAGAGAUU